CACGUGACCCCGUGCCGCAGCAGGAGUCACAUGAUCGUUAGCUAGUUCUUGUUUUCCUGCCUCCUAUAAUAUCUGAUUUCCGCUGAUAUAUUUGACUCUACUGGACCAUUAAGUAGAUAUUAGCAGCUUGGGCGAAUACAGGUUUUAGUCUCCAGCCACUAGUCGCUAGUUAACCGGUAUGUUGACCAUAGCAGCAUCUGACUGGAUAAACCGAUAACAGCAACAUCCGCCUUUUUCUCCGACAAAAAAGAAACUAAAGCCUCGUUACAUCUCAUAGCUAGCAUUAGCUUAGCUUCUUCAACGUUUCCCUCAGUGGUGGGCAGUGACUGUGUGACAUGUCGAAGUACACUAGCUUUCCAGAACCGACGGAGGACCAGAACCCUUUCCAGGACCCUGCUGUGACUCAGCAUAGCAGCAACACAGAAUUUGCAACACUGGACCUUUACAACCCGUUUGACAAACCAGCUGGGCCUCCACCACCAUAUGAAGCCACAUCUCCGUCUGCACCUGCUCCUGCACAGACGCCACCCAGCAGAACAACACCCACUGAGCCUCGCAACUAUGGCUCCUAUACCUCCCAGCCUGCAGUGAACGCCACCACAGCAGAGCUCCUGAGGAAGCAGGAGGAGCUUGAGAGGAAAGCCCAGGAGUUGGAGAGGAGGGAACGGGAGUUGCAGUCUCACAGCCUCGGACCAGGAGCCACGCGUCAGAAUAAUUGGCCCCCACUGCCUUCCUUCUUUCCUGUCGGGCCCUGCUUCUACCAGGACAUCAGUGUGGAGAUCAGCCAGCGCUUCCAGCGUACUGUCACCAUUAUGUACUACUUCUGGAUGUUCUGUGCGUUCACCCUCCUCUUCAACCUGAUCUCUUCCCUGGCUAUGUUUUGUGUGGACACCAGCGAGGGUUCCGGUUUUGGACUCUCCAUCCUCUGGACUCUCCUCUUCACUCCCUGCUCCUUCGUCUGCUGGUAUCGACCUGUUUAUAAAGCCUUCAGGAGUGACAGCUCCUUCAACUUCUUUAUCUUCUUCUUUAUCUUCUUUGCUCAAGUCUGCGUCUUUGUCAUCAUGACUAUUGGAAUCCCUGGAUCAGGAUUCAGCGGCUGGAUUGUGAGCCUGGCUCUUCUGAGUAAAAGCACCGCCGUUGGUGUGAUCAUGAUUAUGAACGCCAUCCUGUUCACUGCCCAGACCGCCAUGGGGGUUUUCCUGUUGAAGAAGAUCCACAGCAUGUACAGGCAAACCGAUGCCAGCUUCCAAAAGGCUCAGGCUGAGUUCGCCACCGAAGUCAUGUCCAAUCAGACCGUACGCCAAGCAGCUGCCUCUGCUGCCCAGGGGGCCUUCACUGCACCUCGAUAGGACAGCAGGAUGAGCGGAGCGCCAGGGAUUGAUGACAAAGCGCCUCUAGAAAGCUGAAAUUCAGCAAUCAUGCAUGAGUUUUCUGAUAUAUAUAUUUUUUUUUGAAAAUGUACAGGAGAAGAUGUAGACAAUGCCAAACUGAAUGAACCAAAAGGUAAAAAUUUAGGUGGUGUAAAAUAUAAAACUGAUGCUGUCAAAGUGUCAGUGUGAAGGAAACUAUGCUGUCUGCCCAGAAUGUGUACCCUGCUUCUUUUCAAUAAUGGUAUUUAUGUUUUUGCAGAAAGAAAUGUUGCCAUUUUUUCCAUUUAUAUCCACAACUGAACAGCUCCUCCUAAGACAAUGCUUUUGUUUGGCUCAAGUGUUAAAUAAAUGAUGCUGUUAUUGUUACAAAUAAGAAUACUAACUAACUGGAUUGCCAAAUCUUCUCAUGCUGUAUGAAAUAAGUGUUGUUUUUGUUUCCAGUGUCUGUGACUGUUCUGUUGAAACCUAAAGUGAUUAUAAUUAUAGCACACAGCUGUUUUGGUUUUAAUUAAAACACAUUGCCAUUCUUUCAGAUUCAAA